AUGACGAAGCGCAAGGCCGAGUCGAGCCUGCGCCGCUUCUCGACCUUUGUCGAGGUCGCGACCAUCUACCACGCGCUGCACCGGACGACGUCGAGCUUCACGAACCUGCCCAAGACGUACGUGGUGCCGGACGCCGAGCCGUGGCCGGCGCAUCUCCGCCGGCUUCGCCUCAACACGUGCCAAGUGCGGUCCCACUACAAGACCAACACGCUGCAUCCCGAGACGCUCGCGGCCUUGCGCGCCAUCAACUUUGUAUUUGACUUGGGCCAGCUCAAGUGGGAGCUCAAAGUGCUCGCGCUACGCACGUACAAGGCGCUCCACGGCGACCUCUGCGUGCCGCAGGACUUUCGCGUGCCCAACAACGACGCCAACUGGCCGCGCGACCUCUGGGACAUGCGCCUCGGCCUCGUCGUGCGCACGAUCCGCCAGCGCAUCGCGCCGAACUCGGACCGCCACGCGCAGCUCUCGCAGCUCGGCUUUGUCUGGAACGCGUUCGACAUGACGUGGGAGCUCAAGCUCACGGCGAUGGCUGCGUACCAGCAAAAGCACGGCAACCUCCUCGUCACGUACGCGUUCAAGGUGCCCCGCGACGACCCGAGCUGGCCGCCCGAGACGUGGGGCUUAACGCUCGGCCACGCCGUGCACAACAUCCGCCAGGGCUUUGACUCGAUCUCGCCCGAGCGCAAGGCACAGCUCAACCGUCUCGGCUUCGUUUGGGACUGCCUCGACUUGAGCUGGGAGACGCGGCUCACGGCCCUCUACACGUACCGGUCGCUCUACGGCCACUUGCGCGUCCCGUUUGGGUUUGUUGUUCCCAACCAUGACGUGGCGUGGCCACGCGAGGUCUGGAAAAUGAAGCUCGGGCAUGCGGUGCACAACAUGCGCCAGAAGCUCGAGGACAUGCCCGAGGAGCGCCGGCGCGUUCUGGACGACAUGGGCUUUGUCUGGAACGUGUCGGCGCAGAGCUGGGACAUGCAGCUCUUGGCGCUGCGCAUUUACCUCGACACGUACGGCCAUACCAACUUGACGCGCGACUUUCGCAUUCCGAUCCACGACGACCGCUGGCCACCGGCGCUCUGGAACAUGCAGCUCGGCGAGUUUGUCGAGUCGCUGCAUACGAACGAGAUGACGCUGACGCCCGAGCAGCGCGGCCAGCUCACCGACAUUGGCUUUGUGUGGCGCCAGGCGCUGCCGCGCCACCGGAUCCAUAUUUGCGACGGCUUUUCCGUGCCCCGGACGACGACGAUGCCGGUGCAGCCAGAAACAACGACGACGGCAAGAACACGCCUCGCGUAG